CAUCAACACCAAACAAACAAAGAGAGAAAGAGAGAAAGAGAGAAAGAGAUGGCCAUUAGAAAAUCAAACAAGCUUUCACAAGCAGCCAUGAUCAAGCAAAUCCUUAAAAGAUGUUCAAGCUUAGGAAAGAAAGGAUCAUCAUACGAUUCUACUACCGAUCAUCAUCAUCAUCAUCAUGAAGAUAACAAUAAUGGGCUUCCUCUUGAUGUUCCAAAAGGACAUUUUGCAGUUUAUGUUGGAGAAAAUCGAAGCCGAUUCAUAGUUCCAAUCUCUCUUUUGACUCAUCCCGAGUUUCAAUAUCUUCUCCAAAGGGCAGAAGAGGAAUUUGGUUUUAAUCACGAUAUGGGUCUUACUAUUCCUUGUGAAGAAGUUGUUUUUCGAUCUCUAACAUCGUCAAUGCUCUUACGAUGAUGAUCGGACUAUAGGUGUGUCGCGUUUUUUUGUUCUUUUGUUUGUUUCGAGAAGAAUUCGAUCGAUGGUUCAAGACGGAGCGGUUUGGUGAUAUCGCUCUUCUUUUUUAAACAUCGAUCAUUAAUCUUCUUGAACUUUUUUUUUAAUACUCUUCUAAUGAGUUAUUUAUGAUAAUUAAUUAAUUAAUCAUAUUGGUUUGAUCCAUAUAUGGGAUCCCAUUCAUCUAUUGUGGUCUAUAGUUAGAUUUUUGUACAUAUAAUUAAUGAGUGUAUUUCAUGUUAUAUUUCUAUGUCUCUCUUUCUCUCUCACACACACAUUUAACUUGUCAUGUUUUGCAAUGUAAUGGUUUAAUUUUCUUAUA